AUGGUAAUUCUUUUUUUUCCUUAUACCUGUGAUGGUAAUUCCUUUUUUUUCCUUACACCUGUAAUAGUAAUUCCCAUUUUUCCUUACACCUGUGAUGUCCCCUUUUUUCCUUACACCUGUGAUAGUAGUUCCCUUUUUUCCCUCACACCUGUGAUGAAUUCAAUUCCCCUUCUUUUUUUUCCUUCUCCUUUUUGUUCGUUCUUUCAUCUCCCUCUCCCAUAUCUGUUCCAAUUGCAAUCAAAUUCGCUAUCAAGGCUGCUUACUAUGAAUUUCUUUACAGCAUUUAAACUUUCCUUUAAAACUGUUAUUUCUUUCUUUCUCUAUCUCUCUCUCUCUCCGUCUCUCUUUUCUUCUCUCUAUAUACUUCUCUCUCUACUAACGCGAAGGCAACCUUCAAAUAAAAAGAGGAAGAAGAAAAGACCGAAUCCAGACAAAAACACCGGGAUAUUUGGCUGUCAUCAUAGUGACAUUAAUCUGCUGAAGCCUCCCACAGCUGCAGAUGACAACCUCUCUCUCUCUCUCUCUCUCUCUCUCUCUCUCUCUUAUAUUCUCCUCUAUUUCUCAUACUCUCAAAACUUUAGGCUUCCACCUUCCCCCAAAAGGCCAUCUCCAAAUAAACAAACCACAAGGGGGGAAAAGCAUUCACAUUUCUUUAUAUCAAUGACAAAGAAUUGA